AUGUGUAGUCCGACAGUGCUAGACAGCGUUUAGGGGCACCGCCGUGGUUUUAGUACUGAAAUAUUUGGGAUUAAAGAUUAAAUAAAGAUGACGAAAGUAAAAAAAGACAAGGCAGAUGUUGAGGAGGAAACAGGAGCAACCGAGAGGUCGUAUAAUGAGUUGAUAUCUAACAUCAAUCCCAUCGCACAGCCGCUGGCCUCCCGCAAAUUGAGCAAAAAGCUCUACAAGUGCGUCAAGAAAGCGUCCAAAGUGAAACAGGUUCGCCGUGGGGUAAAAGAAGUACAGAAGUUCAUAAAUAAAGGAGAAAAGGGAAUUGUGGUGUUGGCAGGCGACACUCUUCCAAUCGACGUGUACUGCCACUUACCCAUAAUGUGUGAGGACAGAAAUUUACCCUAUGCUUACGUUCCUUCUAAAGUGGACCUGGGCUCAGCUACUGGUUCAAAACGACCUACCUGCGUGAUCCUGAUCAAAUCUCAUGAAGAAUACAAGGAGGCUUACGACGAAUGUUUGGAGGAAGUGUCCUCCCUGCCUAAACCCAUCUGAAUGAUUUGUCCCACAGUUCUCACAGUACUCCAAGAACCUUUAGAUGUCAACUGUGUAAACAAACCCAAAAAAGAAUAUAACAUUGUAAUAUUACUGAUUAGCAAUGGAUCAAAGUGUCCUAAAACUUAGUGUGGAGAUUCAUCUUACAUUCAUACAGUAAACAGAUAAAUCUUUUGAGAUGAUUACUGGGUCAUGUACUUUGAUGGUGGGGGGGUUUUUUGAAAAGGAAAGACCUGUCGCUGUGUUUCAAAUUUUGAAUUUUUGUGGUAAAUGAUUUAAGACAUCUUGAGCCCAUUCUGUCAAGUGAAGGAUUCUGGUCAAACCACUUUACAAGAUGGACUAUGUAUAUUCCUUCACAGUAAUGCUGUGUGUCUGUUGUUGGGUAAAGCUCUGAUGUAGGAGGUUAUCCAAGAGUCUAAGUUGCUCUGCUGACACAGGACUUUUUUUUCUCUUUUUUUAAAUUAGUUUUUAUUUCUUUGUAAAUGUUAACUUGGAAAAUGCUCCUAUUUUUAUUUUUCACUUCUUUGUCUUGAUGUGUGAAUGCAUUAUUGGAAGAGAGAUG